AUGAUAACAGGAUACACAUACACGUAUACAAUGAUAACAGGAUACACAUACACGUAUACAAUGAUAACAGGAUACACAUACACGUAUACAAUGAUAACAGGAUACACAUACACGUAUACAAUGAUAACAGGAUACACAUACACGUAUACAAUGAUAACAGGAUACACAUACACGUAUACAAUGAUAACAGGAUACACAUACACGUAUACAAUGAUAACAGGAUACACAUACACGUAUACAAUGAUAACAGGAUACACGUAUACAAUGAUAACAGGAUACACAUAUUCUAUUACUUAUUACACAUAUUCUACUAUUUACUACUAUUUUUUACACAUAUUCUACUAUUUACUACUAUUUUUUACACAUAACUUAUUACUUAUUACGCAUCAUCCAUUACUUAUUACACAUAUCCUAUUAUGUUUUAUUUUUGACACAUAUACUAUUAUGUUUUAUUUUUUAUAUUUAUGCUGGUCAGUUCCUCUGAGGAGUAUGAUACAACUAGUUCUGAUAUGGAUUGGAUAG